AUGUACCUUAUCCUGUGUUCUUCUGCGGGUUUGCAGCUUUCAGAAGAAAUGGAAAAAAGAGGGAUGAACAAAACAGUCAGUGAUCAAGCUAUACAUCUUGAUCUUGUUGCUAAAACUCAAGGUGUAGCUGCUGCAGAAACUUACUUCAUCAAUCUUCCCGAAACAGCAAAGAACCAUCUUACUUAUGGUGCUCUUUUGAACUGUUACUGCAAGGAAUUACUGACUGAAAAAGCAGAGGCUUUACUGGAAAAGAUGAAAGAACUGAAGUUAGGGUUAACCUCCAUGCCUUAUAACAGCCUGAUGACCCUCUACACAAAAACUGGCCACCCAGAAAAGAUACCAUCCAUCAUCCAAGAAAUGAAAGCCUGUGAUAUAAUGCCAGAUGGCCCAGAUUCAUACACGUAUAAUGUCUGGAUGAGGGCUCUUGCCGCUGUCAAUGAUAUUUCUGGUGUUGAGAGGGUCAUUGAUGAGAUGAAGAGGGAUGGCCGAGUCUCUGGAGCUUGGAUAACUUAUAGCAAUCUAGCUUCAAUUUAUGUUGACAUGGGCAUGAUUGAGAAGGCAGAGAAGGCUCUCAAAGAAUUGGAGAUGAGAAAUGCCCAUCAGUAUCUAUCUGCUUUCCAGUUCCUGAUCGCAUUGUAUGGGCGCGGCGAGGCGGUGGUGAGGCGAUGGGGCAAGGCGAGGGGGGCAAUGCAGCGGCGGUGA